AAAAGAAAAAAAAAAAAAAAAAAAAAGCACAAACUCUCCCUUCCAUGGUAACACAGUUGGGUGACCAGAAGACAAUGACAAAAAGGCUAUGCUUCAACAUUCAUUUGCCAUGAAUAUAAGGUACACUGAAAAUUAGAAUGCUGAACAGAGUCAAACUGUCGCCGCUUUCUGCAAUAAAUGCAGCUGAAAAAAGUUUCGUUUACCUGUAAACCGGAAAAAAAAAAAAAAAAGGUUGACGUGAGGUCAACAUGACGCUAUAUUUGCACCGAAACAAUGACAUAGAAGAGGGAGGGCAUUUGGGAAUAAGAACGCGGUCGUCUUUCCAUUUUCUAUCCUUUUUUUUUUUAACGUUUGAUACUGUUAUUGUACAUAUCAUGUCUGCCCAACAUCCUAAAAACGAACAAGAAGCAUUCUCUGUUGAAGAAAAAGGACUAAAACAUCAAUUAUCACAGACGGUAGAUGCUCAAGAGCGUAUAGUAAAUGAAUUGAAGAAACAGAGCGACAAGAAGGAAGAUCUCCAACGCGAGCAAGAUCACUUGAACAGUCUAAAGAAGGAAUUGUCUAUCUUGCAGAAAAGUGAUCAGUAAAAGGGAAAUGUAGCGCUUGGUGUCAAAAUGGCUCUUUCCUCAUGAGUCUACUCAUAACAGUCUCCAUGAAGAAUGCCCUCUCUUUUCCCUCCCCGCCCUCUGUACCUUAUCCCCCGUCCCCCCCCCCUGCUCACCUAUACAUUCCUUUCAUUGUUGCUUCUAAAACAACUUUGCGUACCAUAACCUUUCUUAUCUAAUGAACACAAUAAAUCACUCAUUUCCAAUCCUUAUCCUACUAUUUUUAAAACGAUGCUUUGUCAAAACAAAAGGAAGCU